AUGUCUCAACCAGUCGUUGUUAUUGAUGCUAAGGAUCAUUUGUUGGGUCGUUUGGCCUCCACUGUUGCCAAGCAAGUAUUGAACGGUCAAAAGAUUGUUGUUGUCAGAGCCGAAGCUUUGAACAUUUCUGGUGAAUUCUUCAGAAACAAGUUGAAGUACCACGACUUUUUGAGAAAGGCUACUGCUUUCAACAAGACCCGUGGUCCAUUUCAUUUCAGAGCUCCAUCUAGAAUUCUUUACAAGGCUAUUCGUGGUAUGGUUUCCCACAAGACCGCUCGUGGUAAGGCUGCCUUGGAACGUUUAAAGAUCUUCGAAGGUAUUCCACCUCCAUACGACAAGAAGAAGAGAGUUGUUGUUCCUCAAGCUUUGAGAGUUUUGAGAUUGAAGCCAGGGAGAAAGUACACCACUUUGGGUAAGUUGUCUACUUCCGUUGGCUGGAAAUACGAGGAUGUUGUUGCCAAAUUAGAAGACAAGAGAAAGGUCAGUUCUGCUGAAUACUACGCCAAGAAGAGAGCUUUCACAAAGAAGGUCUCUUCUGCCUCUGCUGCUGCUUCUGAAUCUGAUGUUGCUAAGCAAUUAGCUUCUUUCGGUUACUAA